AUGAACUGGUUUAAACAAACCUUGGCCAAUGUCGCCGGCACGCAGGAGCCCAUCUAUGGGCCCACGGCAAUACAGUCGGUGGUCGACCACGCGAAGACGAUUCCAUACACUGAGGCGACCAAAGAUCAUCUACGAUGGGCUGCAAUGCAGUCAACUUGCGUGGAGACCCAGACGUUCUAUCUUUUCUCGGAUAACGGAGAUAUUGCCUCCCUCCAGUUGAUCUAUAACAAUGUCGUUGGUCUGCAUACAACCUGCCAGUUUAACUGCAAAGUGUUCUCCACGGAUCUGGCAAAACCUCAUCUUUGGGCCUCCGAUCCUGUACAGAACCACAUAUUCGACGAAGAUAUGCUCUCCUUUGGCGCUCCGGGGUUCGUCGUUGGCAAGGAUGGAACCUCAACAUUUGGAACCGAUCCAAUGAAUCCAUGGGGCAGUAUGCGGCAUGCAUUUUGGCCACGGUGCAAGGUCGAAGGCUCGAUUAUAACUCGUGAAAAGGAAAUCGACUUUGCUGGAAGGGGUUUUUUCGUCCAUGCGCUCCAGGGCAUGAAACCACAACACCUCGCUGCGAGAUGGAACUUUGUUGACUUUCAGUCGCCCACCUUCUCCGCGUGCAUAAUGGAGUACACCACUCCCCCUUCGUACGGUUCUACCGUCGUGAACGUUGGUGGUAUUGCAAAGGAUAGCGAAAUUUUAUACGCCGGUGCCCCAAAUUCAGUAACACACACCGAUUUCACUCAGGAUUCUGAGAACGACUGGCCCGAACCAACUGCAGUGAAGAUUGUCUGGUCAGGCAAAACAGCCGCCGGCAAACCAUUCGAGGCUACGGUCGAGGGCUCCCUAGGGCCUAGGCUCGAUCGAAUUGAUGUCAUGGCUGAAGUCCCUGGGUUCAUUAAGUCGCUCGUCGGAAGUGUCGCCGGAACAAGGCCAUAUGUCUAUCAGUUUGUCCCACCUAACAAACUGCCCAUUAGGAUCAAAAUCGGAGAGGAUGAGGAAAUCACAGAAGAAGGCACCCUUUUAAUGGAAGCCACCUUCAUCUCCUAG